GUUCAUCUGCUGAUCGGGUCAGAAAGACAGUGACAAUGGCGGCGGUCGGAAGAAUUUCUCAAGCGCUCCUGCGGUCCUCAUUGAUCCAGAGUCGUCAACUCUCUGCCACAGCGGCCCAUGGUCAUGGAGAGCAAACAGCUAGAACAUGGAAGAUCCUCUCCUUUGUGGUUGCCCUUCCGGGAGUUGCAGUGUGCAUGUUGAACAUGUACCUGAAGAUGCAGCACCAUGCUGCACACCAUGUGGAGCCAGAGUUUGUCCCUUACAGCCAUCUUCGCAUUCGCAGCAAGCGUUUCCCUUGGGGGGAUGGCAACAAGAGCCUGUUCCACAACCCUGAAGUGAAUGCCCUCCCUGAUGGCUAUGAGGGACGCGAAGAGUGAUCUCUCCCUCAGACCACCUCACACACUGGGACCAGUCUCUUCCCUCAAUUCAUUACUCUGUUACUGGACCACACUCCCCAAACAGUUUACUCUUCUCUAUUAUAUUAUGUUUACCUCUGUGCAUCUGUCACAAGGGACCCAAAAUGUUAGUUACAUUUUUCUGGACCAUUUAACACGAUGUCUGCGUAAACUUAACUAAAAUAAAUAAUUAUUACCGAAA